UUGGGCGUAUCAGGAAGUCCUCGUGCAGACACACAAACAGACAGACAGGCAAACGGCAAGAUAGACAGACCGACAGACAGACAGACAGACGGACGCUCGCUGUGAGACUGAACUUCAGAGAUGACUGGUAGUAAAGUUUGUAUCGUUGGAUCUGGAAACUGGGGUUCGGCGAUUGCUAAGAUCAUUGGUCACAAUGUGAAAGGCUCAAAUCGUUUUGAUCCUAUGGUGAAGAUGUGGGUUUAUGAGGAGAUGAUCGAUGGACAAAAACUCACCGAGAUCAUCAAUACACAACAUGAGAACAUCAAAUAUCUGCCCGGACACAAACUGCCUAAAAAUGUGGUUGCUGUUCCUGAAAUCACAGAGGCUGCGGCGGGCGCUGAUCUUCUGGUCUUUGUCGUUCCACAUCAGUUUAUUGGGAAACUUUGUGACCAGAUGAAACCUCAUAUCAAACCUGGAGCUAUUGGCAUCUCCCUCAUUAAAGGUAUAGACGAGGGUCCGGCUGGCCUGACUCUGAUCUCUGACAUCAUUCGAUCGAAACUGGAGAUCGAGGUCAGCGUCCUGAUGGGGGCGAACAUCGCCAGUGAGGUCGCUGAAGAGAAGUUCUGUGAGACCACCAUCGGAGCCACUAAUGAACGCAACGGUAAGAUCUUUAAAGAACUUCUGCAAACUCCAAACUUCAGGAUCACAGUGGUGAAGGAGAGCGACACCGUGGAGCUCUGUGGAGCUUUGAAGAACAUCGUGGCAGUGGGUGCUGGUUUCUGUGAUGGUUUGGGGUUUGGUGACAACACUAAAGCUGCUGUGAUCAGACUGGGACUCAUGGAGAUGGUGGCCUUCUCCAAAGUCUUCUGCAAGAGCGCCGUCACAUCCGCAACCUUCCUGGAGAGCUGCGGGGUCGCCGAUCUCAUCACCACCUGCUACGGCGGACGAAACCGGCGCGUGGCUGAAGCGUUUGCUCGCUCACAGAAGUCGAUAGCUGAACUGGAGGCUGAGAUGUUGAAUGGCCAGAAACUUCAGGGCCCUCAAACAUCCGCAGAAAUCUUUAAGAUCCUUCAGAAGAAAAAUAUGGUGGACAAGUUCCCACUGUUUGUAUCGGUCUAUCAGAUCUGUUUUGAGGGUCGACAGGUGAAAGAUUUCAUCCACUGCCUUCAGAAUCAUCCAGAACACAUGUGAUGUCAUGUCAUGUGUGUGAUGUGAUGUCAUGUGUGUGAUGUGAUGUCAUGUGUGUGAUGUGAUGUCAUGUGUGUGAUGUGAUGUCAUGUGAUGAGAGUAAAUACACAAACCCAAGCUCAGCACUACAGAUACUCUCUUCAAUGAGCUUUAUUACAACACAAUGUCUAACAAAGUGUAUGACAAUACUACUACUACUACUGCUGUAUUUCAGUGUUUUAUAAACAAACCUCAGGGUUGAAUCGCUGAUAAACGCACAGAAACCCUCAGCUUUAUUACUGUGGUGUUAGAUAGAUUUAUAUUGGGAGUCAUCAUGAUAAAGUAUUUUCACAAUAAAUGCACAACUUCAUUACUGGUUAUAAAA